AGCCGUGUGAAAUCUAAGGAUAACUUUACCUAUGACACAGCUGCGGAGUCCCUCUCUCACUCCUCUGAGGCCGAUAGUUGAAGAUGCCUGUCCGUUGGAAGUGGACACAAACACAGUUCACAGACACCUCAAACUGUCUGACAACAACACCAGGGUGGCAUGUGUUCAGGAGCUUCAGUUAUAUCCUGAUCAUCCAGACAGAUUUCUCUAUAUGUUUUGUUUGCUGUGUAGGACUGGUCUGACUGGUCGCUGUUACUGGGAGGUUGACUGGAAUUUUAGAGAAGUUAUAGCAGUGAGUUACAGGGGAAUCGGGAGGGAAGAUUCCAGUGAUGGAUGUUCAUUUGGGAAGAAUGAUAAGUCUUGGGUUCUGGCCUGCUCUGAUGCAACAGGUUACUGUGUCAGUCACAAUAAAAAAGAAAAAACAAUCUCCUCCCCCUCGCCCUCAUCCUCCCCUGCCUCUAAAAGAGUAGCAGUGUAUCUGGACCAUCCUGCUGGUACCCUGUCCUUCUACAAAGUUUCCUCUGACACACUGAUCCACAUCCACACCUACAACACCACAUUCACUGAACCUGUCUAUCCUGGGUUUGGGUUCUGGACAGACACAGCUUCCUCACUGUCUCUGUGUCCUCUGUAGGUCAGAG